AUGAAGUGGCGUUUCUACCAGGCAUUGCUCCCCCGGGCCAUGGGCUGGCCCGAGCGCAGUCAGACCGAGUCGGUGCACGGAUUCUUGCAGCGCUAUAAGCUGACUGAAGGCUACACGAAUGGUGAGCUGAGCCCGCUGAUGUUGGCCAGUAUUGAAGGGAACGCCGACGUCCUGCGCAAACUCUUGGAGCAAAAGGCAGAUGUGGACGAGCUGCUCCUUUGGAGGCUGCCCGAGGCUCAUAUCACUGGUUCCCGGCUCACUGCAUUGUCUUUGGCAGCGACGCUGUCAACCGGAGAAGUCAUCGAUCUUCUAGUGGAGGGGAAAGCUUCCAUGGAGCUACCUGUGGGCGCUGCUGGCGCAUCUGCGGUCUCGGCAGCUGCAUACUUCGGCAACGCCGGCACUCUGAAGUCGCUGUCGCUGGGCUUGUGGAUGGAGCGUGAGUUGGGAAUGGCACAGUCAACAACCCGAGAACUAGACGAACAAGAGCUUAUUCCGGAUUACGGGCGUGGAGACUUGGGAGGACAGGUGCAGACCGGUGAAGGGGGUAUUCAGAAACUGGGUGCCCAAGCAAGUGGUGCUCAGAGCACACAGGUGCCCGCUCCAGAUCUCAUGAGCCAGCUUGGAGUCCUUUUACAAUCAACGCUGCAGUCGAAUCUGUUGCCUAUGUUAGACGAGGUGCGGAUGACUCAAGCUACGGUUCUAUCUCGGUUGGAUAAGCUGGAAAGUGAGCAAAGGUUGAGCGCGGCAGGAUCGGAGGACCCAAGGGAGCGACGGGCAAAGAGCCCCGGUUCCAGUCAGAGGAGUGUGGGACCAAUGAGGCGACCCGGAUCUUCUCACCGUGAGGUUGAAGCUGUUGGUGAUCAUUUGGCUGGGAUGAAGCUGGAGUCUGGGAUGGCGGAAACGGCGGUGAUGAAGCAUGAGCAUAGCGAGAAGGAAGCUUCGACAGACGAUCCCGCAGCGCAAGUCCCAGUAGGAACCGAGAUCAAGCCACCUCCAUUGCCGGUGACUUUUAAUCACACGCAAGAGCAGAUGAAUCCGCCUAUCGCGCCUAGCGUAGCGAGCAGUAGCCAUCCAAGUCGUGACAAGUACACGCCGGGAGACCGUGUGUGGUGGCAAGUGCCUGCGUUAGCUGAGCCAAAGAAGGACGCGGCGACAUUAGCCGCCGACUGGAUCGCACAGGUUUGUGUUAUCAUGAGUGACAUUUCACCUGGAUCGGGGGAGUGGUUUCAGAUGGUACUUCAAGAGGCUAGGGAUGCUUAUGAGAAGUGGGCUAAAGCACCAGCGAUUGAGAGAGCGCAAAUCAGAGCUGCACCCAGUGUCUAUCUUCAGGAUGCAAAGUUCGCACGCCUUGAGGCCAGAGUUUUCAGCAUGUUGCAUGCCAGUUUGCCCCAAAGCGUGAAAGAUGAGCUGUUAGCGGCUAGAACACUUAAUACCGUUUCAGCGUUGUUCCUGGUAUUGAAAACCUAUCAGCCGGGAGGGCUGCGGGAGCGAGCGCAACUGUUGGAUGCACUUACCAAGCCCGGAGUAGGAUCAAGCGCAAAAGAUUCCGUGGACAAACUCAGAACGUGGCAUCGCCACUUGGUGAGAGCUACUUCCAUGGGAGUCGCGGCUCCUGAUCCGAGCAUCUUGUUGCGCGGGUUGGAUGAUUUGGUUGGAGUGUUGGAGUUCGCUCAGGCGUUGCAGUCAGAAUUCUCCAUGUUGGCUAUCGCAGGUGAUGAGGUUGCCAAAGAGGGGAAUCAUGUAACUUUACACAUGACAUGGAUGAACUCUGGAAAGACCGGACUUCUGGAUUCAGGAGCUUCUACUUGCUUAAGGCGGUUGGUCCGUGACGAGGAUGAGACACUGCUGGUCUCCCGAACGGUGGAGCUCGCAACAGGCACAGCUGAGAUGUUGGUAAACCCAUUCGGUACGCUGCUUGCUAGAGAGGACGUGGAGUGUAUCGUAGCGUUGAAGCCAUUGAUUAGCAUGGGGUGCAAGUGGGAAUGGUCGGAAGACAAGUGCGUCUUGCAUCACCCUCAUAGGGGAGAUAUCAAACUGGAUACCUCAUCGGGUUGCCCUCGAAUGCCGGAAAGCUUAGCGCUGAAGCUGAUUCAGGAUGCUGAGGAAGCGGUGAAGCAGAAAGUGGUUUUUGCUUUGAGGGCAGUACAAAUCCUGCAGGAGUCCUCGCAUUUGGAGGUUGAUGAGGUGUUGGGGAAGUUGGUGGUUGCGAUUCACACAGCAGUGGAGGUAGCAGCACACCUAGGGGCAACAGCUAGGGCCAUGUGGCCCAACCUCGAUGAGGACUUGGUUCAGGAUCUCCAGAGAUGGCCGCGACAGGACUCGAAUGCGGUAAUGUGGAAUAGGAGAAAGCGGAGAGCAGUAGUGAAGACCGGGGGAGUGUUGAUCCAGAUCGGAAAGUGUAAGGAGGAGCGUGCAAUAAAGCAAUACGGCGCAGCUUUAGGAUGGGAAAUCUUGCAGGUCACGGAACAACUCACUGAUCCGCAUGAUUUUCGGUACCUCCUUGAAGUGGUUACCUCUGGGAAGGUUCGGGGGAUAAUCGCGGGAGAUUGUGGCGAAGCUGAAACUUUGACAGCUUUGUAUACCACACUGCUGAUGCAGAUCAACCAUGUGGUUGAGGGUGAGUGUCCCGAGGUGAAGCCUUUCUCCAUCCUUGUGGGGCCUAUGGCACAUGGUUUGCAGAAGUGUUGCGAUCAAGCUGGGUUUCGGCAAGCUAGCUCGGUGGAGUCUUGGAGGCGCGGAGUAGAACUCCUCGCUAGACGGGCAGCGUGUAUUAGUAAGAUGAAGCCGUUCGAUAUGACGGAGCAUGUUAGAGCCGGCCACUGGCCACCGCAUAAUGAUAUCAGCCAGAAGCGGAGAUACGGACUGGUUGCAGUGUUAACGGUUCCAGUGGACAAGCAAGGCAAGCCCGUGUUAGGAGACAAACAGGAGCAGGAUCAGGCGAAGGAGGGUGAUAAAGAUUACGGGCCUGAGCUUUUACCACCUGGCGGGAUUUGGGAUGAUGUGGAGUGGGUUGAGGAGAUGCUGGUUGACAAGGAGGGAGCACAAGCGGAGCAGGCGUGUGAACAGGAUCAACCAGAAGGGGAACAUGCGAGAGAGAUGAGUGAUCAGGGAUUUGAGGGAGAGAUAGAGUUGGAGGUUGACGCGUCAGGUGAAGAAGAUGCCAAGGUCCGGGAUGGGGGGAGCCCAGUGAGUGGCCCCUUGAGCCCGGCAGAUGAGGCAGACGACGAUGAAGGCAUGAAGUUGCAACUUGAAGUUGGAGAGCCCGAAACUGAGGGCGAGGAUCCAGAACAUGAGCAUGCGCAUGGUGGAGAAAAUGACUCAGAGGCAGAUGAUUGUAACGAGGAUUUAGGAAAGUGUGAGCAGUAUGUUCGUCAACUAGAUGAAGCUCAGCUGAGAUUGAGCUCUUUCGCCGAAGAUCGGUUAGCCGCGUGGAUAAGCAGUGAGCCUCGGGAUCUAGGGGAGGGAGAGAGUGACAGUGAAGGAGAGGAGAUGAAACAGAUGAGGGAGCUUUGGGAGAGGAUCGGAAACAUUCAACAUGAGCUCAAGUCACUGACGCAUGAGACAUUGGGUGAAAUCCGCGAGCGCGUAGGCGUAGAGGAAGCUCCGUCUGAAGGGGAAGUUUUUCAAACGCGAGUAGUGGGUUUAGCGGAGGCCUUGGCCAGAUGGGAGGUUUGGGAAGGUCCGGCGCAAGAUGAGCUGAACUCGCUUAUUCUUGAGAAAGGUGCGUUGGUGAAUGUCAGUUGGGCGGAUGUGCGGAAGUGGCGUGAGCGUGGAGUUCGCGUCACCAUACUGCCAUCGAAGCUUGUUUUUUCCAUUAAAGCACCUAAUGCCAGGCACAAGGUGAGAGUAGUGGCAUGCGGAAACAUGGGGCCGCCGAGAGAUGAGAGCAAGCAUGAGUACAAAGAGUCCGUGUUCACCUCGUCACUGGACAUAACACACUUGCGGUCAGCAUUGGCUUUCUCUGCCAAAAGAGGUCAGGAAGUAGCCACGGUAGACGUCAGAACUGCCUUUCUCAACGCUGACUUGCUUCCUCGAUCUAGACAGCUUGCAGAAAAGCUAGCCGAGAGCGGAGAGAGUUGUGAAGGACAAGGUGACAUCCGGGAUUCGGUUCAGGAGUUGGUAGUCCUAACGCCGCCACGGUCUCUCGUACAACGGGGUCUAGUUCGACCUUCCACCCUGUGGAGGGUGGAUAAGGCGAUGUAUGGGCUAGAUACGAGCCCCAGGGACUGGGGUCUUCAUCGAAACUCGGCUUUGAGGGACUUGAGGAUCAUCGUUGGUGAUAGGGAAUUACGACUUUGGCAGUCGUUUGCUGAUGAGAACUUGUGGUUGAUUUCGGAAACGGAGCCGAUUCAGGAUUGGUGUGGACCUCAGGACUGGACGCCUUUAGGACUUCCGGCGAAGAUCCUUGGAUGGGUAGGCGUGUACAUCGAUGACAUGAUUAUUGGAGGUGACAAAGCGGUUGUUCAAGGGGUUCUGGACGCAGUGACGGCUCGGUGGAAAUGCGGGACACCCGAAUGGGUAGGUCAUGAGUCGUCUCGGCCUCUGAGGUUUCUUGGCUUAGAUCUUCAUUGGGGUGAGGGCCGGAACCUUCAUAUUACGCAAACCGCUUACAUCAAAGAGCUCGGAGCCAGAUACCAGGAGCAACUUAGCAGGGUCAAGGCCAGCAACUGUCCGAUGGCCCCGGGGACCGGUGAAAUCGAUGAAGAACCGGAGAAAGAAAUCAGCGACAUACGCAAGGGGCAAAAGAUCUUAGGCGAACUUUUAUGGACAGCGGUUCGUAGUAGACCCGACAUAUCGUUUGCGGUGUCGAAGCUAUCUCAAUGGAUCACGAAGGCACCCCGAAAGGUGUACGACCUAGCACUGCAGACAUUGGCCUACUUGUGUGAUGUGCCCGACGUGGGCUUGGUGUAUGAAGCUGGCGAGCCUGAGAAGCCACAUCCAUGGCAACGGACCUUGAAAGAAAGAUGGAGCAUGAACUUUUAUGAAAUCUUCCAUGUCGAUGGCGUGCACAACGGGGAACCGCAGGACGGGGCCAUAGAUUGGGGCGUCUUCAGUGUGAUUGUCAUUGGCGUGGUAGAUGCUGUGUCAGAUGAGGAGAGAGAAACCGAACCAGCACCAAAUCGUACGGCCUUCGGCCAGCCGCGUAGCCCACUAAUGACUCAGUAUGCUGAUGACGCUAUCGCGGUGUUGGAUCGGGCGGAAGUGGCCUUUGAAGCCAACCAGCGGAGAAUGUUAGGUUUGCCUCCGUACCCUCUCGUUGUUAUCAAUCCAGCCUGGGGGCCAGCUCCCAAUCAGCCGACGGUCAGAGAAUUGAGACGAGGUCAGGCUUCUUGGGGUGGGAUUGCAAGCUCGCUUCAUCACCGGCCGCCUGCCACGGAAAGACGAGACAGCUACCAGUUGGAUCAAGCCCGUUGGGUCCUGAUACGAUGGCAUGUUCGAGGACGAGUCCGGUUGUUUGACCCCACAUCAACACGGAUUCCGAUUGACAUCAGAUGCUUAUCUGGUAGACGGCGAACUCUCAUCAUCAAGAACACCGACGAGCGGGAGAUUGUCGAUGACAACUUCCGAGACCAAGCGCAGCGAUAUCUCCAGAGCGAGUGGGUUGGCCGAACAGAGUUCGAGGUACUGCCCGAUCUGUACAGAGCAUUCGUGAGGGAUCCUGCGGAAGUGGAUUGA